AUGGGGGAUCAAUCGCCACAGAACACAAUGAAUCUUGACCUAAAUUUAGGACCUGUCGUUCAACCUUCCCCAGAUGAUGAACCACAUGCUAUGAGCUUUGAAGAUUGGCUACUCGGGUCUAUGAGGGAAGUGGUUUCUAAUCGCCCUAUGGGUAGGCAGCGAUUGCGAUCAGUUUGGAGACAUAUGCCUGUUUCCAUGGAAGCUAGAAACACCUCUCUAGGGUUAACAGGUGAUGAUGACGAACAACACCCUCAAGAUACAAUCAAAACAAACGAAAAUGGUGAUAAGUACUUAGAAAACGAGGCUAUAAGAAACACAAACCUUGAAAACAACAAUGGAAACGAAUGUAGCUUUUUUGAUUGUAACAUAUGUUUGGAUUUAGCAAGUGAGCCUGUAGUCACUUGUUGUGGACACCUUUUCUGUUGGCCAUGUCUUUACAGAUGGCUAUUUGUUCAUUCCGAUUCAAAAGAAUGUCCAAUUUGCAAAGGAGAAGUCACAAUGAAAACCAUAACUCCAAUUUAUAGCCGUGGAAAUCGAACACGUGUAAACAAAGAAACCAUCGAUUCAAAUCUCAAGAUUCCAAAUCGACCACAAGCUAACAGAAUAGAAAGCUGGAGACAAGCAAUUCAAAGAAACACACUCAAUCUCCCAAUGUUUGAAAUGAUUCGAAGGCUCGAUAAUCGAUUCGAAUUAACUUCCGAUAACACACAAGAACCUUCAAAUCAUUCAUUGUUAAAUAGAAUCUUCACUUCAAGAGGGAUGCGAAGGGGUUUAGAUCCCGUAACUGCCGCCCCGGAACAUGCCACCGUGGACCCGCACCCACACCCGCCACGUGGCGCCGGUUUGAAUUCUGUUGAGGGUUUUGUUGAAUUGUAUGAGAGGAAUCUUGAACAGAUUCCAUUAAUGGAAGAUAGACAUUCGAUGUCGAGUAUUGCUGCUGUGAUGCAAUCUGAAAGUCAGACUGAAACGGAUUCUAGGGUUUCUGUUUCAACGAGUUCAAGAAGAAGAUGUGAAUCAUCAAGUUCUAGGGUUGAAGAUGUUAAUAGUGGAGAGUCUCGUUCUAGGAGGAGGAGAUUGCAGUGA